AUGGCUCUGUUUCCUCCAUCUCCCUCCCUCAUCUUCUCUCAACACGACUCCAACAAGGAAGACGACUUCGGCAAGAUCCAUCUCUUCUCUCGACUUCCGUCUCCAAGAAGCACCUCUUUCGUCGACUCUGCCAGCAGCCAAUUCCGCUCGACCAAGGCAAAAAGUUGGGCGGUGGAGGCAGGGAGGGGGGAGAUAUCGAUGAUGGUGGGAGCCAGGGAUCUGGAGAUCAUAUGGGGCGACACUCGCGCGUACUGGUGGUGGGAGAUGGUCGCGAAUGCAAGGUUCGCCGGAGGGGAAGUGGCGGCGCUUGAAAUCGUGUGGUGGUUGGAAAUACGGGCCAAGAUCAAGACCCGGAGGCUAUCGCUGGGAACCACGUACGCAGCCUACCUGGUGUUCAAAUUGAUGGGUGGACACAUCGGGUUCGCGGGGCAACCCGUGAAAGUAAGGGUCAGGUUUGUGGGUGACGAAGCCUCGGGCAAGGAAUCGGUCGCGAAUGUGGAUCCGGCGGCAGGGGCUACAACAAGCAGAUCGAGGGGAAAUCCCCCCGGCGGCGGUGGAAGCAGGGUAUAG